AUGUCCGCUUUCAAGUACAACCGCAUCGACAAGAACGAAGCGAUGCUCCUCGUUGUCGACCACCAGGAGGGUCUUUUCCAGCUCUCGCGCGACCACAGCCCCGCGGAGAUGAAGAGCAACAUCCUCGCCCACGCCGCGCUCGGCAAGAUCUUCGGCCUCCCGACGAUCCUCACUUCCAGUGCCGAGACCGGCCCUAACGGACCACUCCCGGCGGAGGUCAUCGCGAUGCACGCCAACGCGCCGUUCAUCAAGCGCAACGGCGAGGUGAACGCGUGGGACAACGCCGACUUCCGCGCCGCCGUCGAGGCCACGGGCAAGAAGCAGGUCAUCCUCGCCGGCAUCACCACCGACGUCUGCACGGCCUUCCUCGCACUCUCGCUCGUCGAGGCCGGGUACACCGUCUUCGCCAACGCGGACGCGUCCGGCACGUUCGACGACAAGACGGCGGCGGACGCGAACGCGCGCAUGCGCGCCGCGGGCGUCCAGGUCCUGUCCCUGUUCGCCGUCGCGUGCGAGCUGAUGCGCGACUGGCGCAACACCCCGGGCGCGCCCGAGAUGCUGCCCUUCUUCGACACGUACCUCCCCGAGUACGGGUACCUGGCUCGCGCGCACGACGCCGCCGUCAAGAACGGCACCCCUUCCGGCCUGUAG